UCCUCUGACUGGAAGGAGGUGUUCGGAACUCUCUGGGUGAGUGCCCCAGAUGGGGUGCCCAGUACACAGACCAAUAAGAACCCCAGAGGGGAAAGACUGGUCAUUUCCUCCCUGCGCUCUGCACCCUCCCCUGGGGCUUAGAAACCACAGUCUGUGGACAGGAGGGACCUUUGAUCAGCGGGGACCCUGGGAGACCUGAACAUGGCGUCUUUGGAGUACAGCACUUCUGAGUACUUCGACUAUGGCACUGCCACCCUGGACCCCAACAUGUCUGUGGACCAGUCUCCCAGCACCCACAGGCUGUCCGUUCCCGACACCAUCGCCCUGGUGCUCUUCUCUGUCGUCUUCCUGAUAGGGGUGCCGGGCAACUCCCUAGUGGUCUGGGUGACCAGGUACGAGUUCCAGCGGACCAUCAACGCCAUCUGGUUUCUCAACCUGGCGGUGGCCGAUCUCCUGUCCUGCCUGGCACUGCCCAUCCUGUUUGCUUCCACUGUGCAGCACGGCCACUGGCCCUUCGGUGGCACCGCCUGCCGCAUCCUGCCCUCACUUAUCCUGCUCAACAUGUACGCCAGCAUCUUUCUCCUGGCCGCCAUCAGCGCCGACCGCUUUCUGCUGGUGUUUAACCCCAUCUGGUGCCAGAACUACCGGGGCGCGCGGCUGGCCUGGGGGACCUGCGGCGUGGCCUGGAUGGUGGCCCUGCUGCUCACCAUCCCCUCCUUCCUCUUCCGCCGGGUGCGCACCGACUACUUUCCCUUGUGGACAACCUGUGGUGUGAACUAUGGCUCCGAUGGGGUCCUGGUGGAGAGAGGCGUGGCUCUCCUCCGGCUGAUUGUGGGCUUCCUGUGGCCGCUGGUGACGCUGACCAUCUGUUACACCUUCCUCCUGUUCCGGACCUGGAGCCGCAGGGCCACGCGCUCCACCAAGACACUCAAGGUGGUGGUGGCCGUGGUGACCAGCUUCUUCAUCUUCUGGCUGCCCUACCAGGUGACGGGGCUGAUGCUGGCGGUGUUCCCCAAGAACUCGGAGAAAUUUACCUCCGUGUCUAGCGUGGACUCCCUGUGUGUGGCCUUUGCUUACAUCAACUGCUGUAUAAACCCCAUCAUCUACGUGGUGGCUGCCCAGGGAUUCCACAGCCGCUUCCUCAAGUCCCUCCCAGCCAGGCUGCGGCAGGUGCUGACCGAGGAGUCCCUGAGCAGGGACAGCAAGUCCUUCACCCUCUCCACGGUGGACACCCCAGCCCCGAAGAGCCAGCCGGUGUGAGGGGAGGGCCUCCCAGCCUCCCUCCCAUCUGCUCAGUGCUCGCCCCUCUUUCCCGCCUGUCCCUUCUCUCUCUGCCUCUCUUGCUCCCAGCCCUUGGUGCGGUGCUGAUGUUUUUGAGUGAAUGUUCCUCCAUUCCUUUCCAUCUUUCCCAGACGGGUCCUCCCGCGCUUGCAGGAUGAACGGGCCCCUCUAGGGACCCUCAACUUUUCUUUCCAUCCAAGGGCUUUGGAAAGCAAGCAGAAACCAGUAUUACUGGCAGCUCCCCCAACGGGUGUCCCCUCUGUCUGUCCGUACGCGAGGGCAGGUGGUGAAUAGAACACAUUGGACACAGAGAAAACAGACACAUGGAAACAUUCCAACCUUUAAAUGAUGACGAUGUAUUUAUUUUAUAAAUACAUGGGGAAAAAAACUGUAAGGACCCUCUCAAAACAUAUUCUGGUCAAGGACAAGGCAAAAUUCACUGGCUAAGCUUUUCUCAGCGAAUUGGUUUAAAGACAAGCAGCAAGUUAAACUGUUAUGUAAGUUGGGUUUUGAGAAAAUGCAUAAAGUCCAAAGAUGUUACAUGUUCUGGUGGAGAGCAGAUGUGAAGGCGAGGUUGGGAAACGUUGGUUGGGGAUCUAGGGGAAAGAUGGUCACAGGGAAAUUUGACUUUUUACUUCAUAAACUGCUGUUUUGUGUGCACUUCUCAAAAAGAAAGAAAAGAAACUUUUCUUUAGACAUAAAGAAACUUUGAAUUUUGCUCUUGCUGUGAAUUCCCAUGCAGUUGUAAGAAAUGAUACAGGGGAUCUUGUGUGCCCUUGACCUGCUUCACUAUGGGAAGCUCUUGCAAAAUGAUGUUACAAGAUCAUUACUAGGAUGUUGGGGCGCUUGGGUGGCUUAGUGGGGUAAAGCCUCUGCCUUCUGCUCGGGUCAUGAUUCCAGGGUCCUGGGAUGGAGCCCCGCAUCGGGCUCUCUGCUCAGUAGGAGCCCGCUUCCUCCUCUCUCUCUGCCUGCCUAUCUGCCUACUUGUGAUCUCUGUCUGUCAAAUAAAUAAAUAAAUAAAUAAUCUUAAAAAAGAAAUCAUUACUAGGAUGUUGACAUUGAUACCCUCGAGGGGCAGGACACGUUCAUCACCACUGGCAUCCCUUUUAUGCCCCUUGUCAGCCACCCCCAUGUCCCUCCAGCCUCCCAGCCCUAUCCUGGACCCUUGACAACCAUGAUUCUGCUCUCUACAUUUGCCCUUUCAAGGAAUGCUCUAUCAAUCAUGUAACAUUUCGACUUAAAAAAAAAAGUCUGGGGGGCGCCUGGGUGGCUCCGUGGGUUAAAGCCUCUGCCUUCGGCUCAGGUCAUGAUCUCAAGGUCCUGGAAUCGAGUCUUGCAUCCGGCUCUCUGCUCAGCAGGGAGCUUGUUUCCCUCCUUUCUCUGCCUGCUUCUCUGCCUACUUGUGAUCUCUGUCAAAUAAAUAAAUAAUCUUAAAUCUUAAUCUUAAAAAAAAGUCUGGGGGAGCCUGGGUGGCUUAGUGGGUUAAGCAUCUGACUCUUGAUUUCGGCAGCUCAUGAUCUGGGGUCCUGGGAUCAAGCCCUGCUUUGGGAGGAGGCAUUGUCUGAGCUCAGUGGGGAAUCUGAGUGGAGAUUCUCUCCACCCCCCACCCCCGCUGCUCCUCCCACUGCUUUUCUUCUUAAAGUAGAAAAAACUAGUCUGCAGCACUUGAAUAAUGAAAAUUUAAAAAACCAACAACAUCGUGAUGUCAUGUUAUUUAUAAAUAACUUUAAAACAUU